UGACAUUACACAAACACUCAUACUGCACACACUCUAGCACAUACAUACACUCAGCAGAUCUUCUUCUGAGAGCUCAAGCUGUCUAAAAUUGUUUCUCUUGUGGAUGUUUACACAGCCACAGCUGCUCUGGAGAAGGUCAUAAAGGAUAAAAAGCAGAGAGAAAAAGAAGAACAGGACAUUUAAAUAUAUAUAAAUUAUAUAUUUAUAUAUUCUUCUCCUGGUUUUUUUGGGGUGGGUGGGAAUGUGCAAGCCUAUUUUGGAGAGCAAGUGAGAUUGGGACCAAGUUGGCUUGACAGCCACCGUAGAGGGGGCAGGUUGUCAUGGUAACUGACCACGGUGGGCUGACCCGAGCAUGCUGGAUGGUGAACGGAGAUAGAGUCGCCGUAUCAAGCCAGAGAAAGUGACGGUGAAGAAGGAGGCAGGAGAGCGCAGGGAGAGGAUGGAGGACAGCUUUUCCAGCUACAGCUCUCUCUAUGAUACAUCCUCACUGCUGCAGUUCUGUAAUGAUGACAGUGCCUCAGCGACAAGCAGCAUGGAGGUGACGGACCGACUCGCAUCUCUGGAGCAGCGUGUUCAGAUGCAGGAGGAUGAGAUUCAGCUGCUUAAGUCAGCGCUAGCUGACGUGGUGAGGAGACUCAACAUCUCAGAGGAGCAACAGGCCAUGCUGAACAGGAAGGGACCAACCAAAGCCAGGCCGAUGAUUGCAACACUGCCCUUGAAGCCCACAGUCCACAAUGGCAAUGUCCUACCAAAGAAAACCACCACUCUGCUGUCACCCUCAGGCUCCAAGAAAGACAACACACCAGCGACCAAAAGUGUGUCCAGUCUGUGCAUCUCAUCCAAGUUUCCACGCAGGCCAUCCUACAGCACUGUGAAAAGAACAAGCUCGUCAGAGCAUGUGGGUCCUAGCAGUAGGAAAGAGGGUGGAGGUGAAGCCAAGAGCAACCGCACACGCACCGCCUCAACUGGAAGCAACUCAAGCGGCAAGAGAGCUAGUGAGAGCAAACAGAGGGAACCUGUGUUCAGUGCUGGGAUGCGGCGGGUGACACACUGCAAAGAUGAAGGGUAUGUCAAAAUGUAUUUGAAAGGAAGACCCAUCACCAUGUACAUGCCAAAAGAGCUGGUGGAUACGUACUGUCUAGAAGCAAAAGCUGACCUGCCUCCUAAGAAAUUGAAGCUAGACUGGGUCUAUGGCUAUCGGGGCCGUGACUGUCGAUCCAAUCUCUACCUGCUCCCCACUGGAGAGACGGUUUAUUUUAUUGCCUCUGUAGUGGUGUUGUACAACGUAGAUGAGCAGCUGCAGAGACACUACACUGGCCAUACUGAUGACAUCAAAUGCCUAGCUGUCCAUCCUGAUAAAAUCACCAUAGCAACAGGACAAGUGGCUGGAACCACCUCAGAUGGCAAACAGUUAGCUCCUCAUGUCCGUGUUUGGGACUCUGUGAGUCUAAACACACUGCAUGUUCUUGGAACUGGCUUUUUUGACAGGGCUCUUGUGUGCCUUUCCUUCUCUAAAUCGAAUGGGGGCAGCUGGUUGUGUGCAGUAGAUGACUCCAAUGAUCAUGUUCUUUCAGUAUGGGACUGGCAGCGAGAAGAGAGACUCGCUGAAGUGAAGUGCUCCAACGAGUCGGUUUUUGCUACUGAUUUCCAUCCAACAGAUGCAAACAUAAUUGUUACAUGUGGGAAAUCCCAUCUUUGCUUUUGGACACUAGAAAAAGGCUCCCUUCUAAAGAAACAGGGUUUGUUUGAGAAACAAGAGAAGCCCAAGUUUGUCUUGUGUGUGACUUUUUCAGAAAAUGGUGAUGCUAUCACUGGUGACUCCAGUGGAAAUAUACUUGUAUGGGGCAAAGGCUCUAAUCGCAUUAGUUUGGCCAUUCCGGGUGCACAUGAAAGCAGCGUGUUUGCUCUGUGCAUGUUAAGAGACGGUACGUUGGUUUCGGGUGGGAAAGACCGUAAGCUCACUUCGUGGGAUGGAAACUAUCAGAAGAUUCAUAUAGUGGAGGUUCCUGAAGUGUAUGGGCCUAUUCGCACAGUCGCUGAGGGGAAGGGAGAAGCUAUUCUCAUUGGAACAACCAAAAACUACAUCUUGCUGGGAAAUCUGAAUGGUGAAUUCACCCCCAUUACACAGGGUCAUACUGAUGAGUUAUGGGGUUUAGCUGUGCACCCAGUGAAGCUGCAGUUCCUUACCUGUGGUCAUGAUAAAUUGGUGAGUCUAUGGGACUCUGAAUCUCAUCAGCCACUCUGGACCAAGACACUGGAGGAUGCCGCUCAGUCUGCCGGCUUCCAUCCCUCUGGGGCAAUCAUUGCCAUAGGAACACAGACAGGCAGGUGGCUUGUUCUGGAUACUGAAACUAAGGAUCUAGUCACAGUACAUACGGAUGGGAAUGAACAGCUCUCAGUUAUGCGUUUUUCUCCAGAUGGCAAUUUCCUUGCCAUUGGGUCACAUGACAAUUACAUCUACAUUUAUGCGGUGGCUGAGAAUGGCAAGAAGUACAGUCGAGUGGGAAAAUGCUCAGGUCACUCCAGUUUCAUUACACAUCUAGACUGGUCUGUAGACUCUCAGUACCUGGUGUCCAACUCUGGAGAUUAUGAGAUCCUUUACUGGAUCCCCUCUGUGUGUAAACAAGUAGUGAGUGUGGAAACUACUCGAGAUAUUCCAUGGGCCACCUUUACCUGCACACUGGGCUUUCAUGUGUUUGGCUUGUGGCCAGAUGGCUCUGAUGGGACAGACAUUAAUGCUGUGUGCAGUUCCAAUGAGAAGAGACUUCUCGCCACUGGGGACGAUUUUGGAAAAGUGCACCUCUUCUUAUUCCCCUGCUCUCAAUCCAGAGCUCCUAGUCAUGUCUAUGGUGGUCACAGCAGUCAUGUCACCAAUGUUAACUUCCUGUUGGAUGACAGCCACUUGGUGUCCACUGGAGGAAAGGACAUGAGUGUAAUGCAGUGGCGUGUGAUAUAAACAACUACUGACAGUGUAUGCAGAAAUGGAGUGGAACUAUUCCCAUUUCUAUUCAAUUCAAAUGAAGGAGUGGCAGUCAAUUGUAGGCCUAUCCUGUGUAAUGAUGUGAGGCAGUCAGUUUAAGUUGUUGUUUACUAUUGGCUAAAACAUGAGCCCAGCAUUCAAAAUAAGCUUACUGUCUCAUCGGCAGAAUGGACAUUCUGCAAAGGACAUUGUGCAAACUCAACUCACACAUUUACCUUGGAGUGAUGACAAAAAAAAAAACUUUCUCCACAUGAUGCAUAUUAUGUGAUGCCAAAGGUGACAAAUUUACCUUGAAACUGUUACAGCAGACAGUGGUGUAUGACCCCACCAUCUGGCCUCAAAAAGUAUUGCAGCCACUCCUGUGUGAUUGAAUUUCAGUGUAAAUGUAUGAUUGUCUCAAAACAUCCUGAACUGAUCUCAGUUUUCACUCUUCUUUAACACAACAAAGGCCCUGUGAUCAUAAUAAUCCUUGUUUGUACCAAAAUGAUGUGUGAACCCCCUUUUAGACAACACUUCAGCCAACAGUUCAGAGUUAGGGUACUAGGCUCUUCAUGUUUUCUUUAAUAAGGCUUAAUGUAGUCUUAAUUCACUGCAAGUUAAUGAAACUGGUAAAUAUUAAAGUGCAUUCCUUAAGUAGUCACAGACACCUUCCCCAUUUUGUAGUGUUACAACCUAGGCAAACAGGCCUAUAUAAUAAUUGAAUUAGUUCAGUAUUCUUCAGUAUUAUGGGCUUUGUGAAGAUUCAUGACAUGUAAGCCUUACUAAUUCAAUUUUCUUUCCAGAUUGUAACACUACAAAAUGUGGUAAAGUUCAAGGGGUGGGGGUGAAUACUUAUGCAAUACAUGGUGUUUGAUUAAUUUCUAAAGCUCUCCCAGAGAAAACUGUUGCCAUGUUGAUUAGCUUAAACGGUACUAACAUUACUUUAUAUUAAUGCCAACAAAUCUAGCAAGGCAAAGUAAUUAUUUUAAACAACUCUAUGCUGAACUGUAUCUCCAUUUCCUAAUGACCAUAAUCAUGCUUCAUUUUUUUUUUUGCACUGAAAGAGAAGGAGAAACUCAUCAGGGUUUUUAAUGACUGUAGGUAGUGUAUUAAAACUGUCUGAGCAUGCACAUGGUUGGCUGUAUUUUUUAAAAUACUUUUUCAUUCACAUUUUCAUUUGCCUAUUGAUUGGCAGGUAGCACAAUGUAAAAAUAUGAUUUUGUUUCAGAAAACAUGAGUGUUAACUUUUUUUUUUACCAUUAAGGUGUAAGCUGAAAUUGAAAGUUACAUAUGAAUGAAUCUGAAAUGUAACAUUUGAAAUGAAGUUUUGAUGGUAUUAGGCAUGUAACUGGCAAUUAUGCACAGACAACAACUGUUGCAGAAUGCAUAAUAAAAUGUAAAUAAAUAAAUAGAUCUGGCCUCAUUAUAA